UUUUUUGUUGAAUACUUAAUUUGAGGGAUUUUACCCAAAACAAAUUUAGUUGAGGGGUUUUAAUGUUAAAAAUCCUAUAUAUUUUUUUGAAACACUUGCGAUUUGACUCUCAAUUUAUUAAAAUCAUAUGUUUAAACAAACGUUUAUUCAUUAAGCUUUCUAAAACUAUAUACAGUAGUUUAAUAUUAUAUGUGAGCAAAUCACGUAAAAUGUAUGUUGCUAUAAGUUCUUAUUAGAGAUUGAGCGGAUAUUAGUUCUUACAAUUUCGUACAUUGAUACGUGUUUUUUCAUAAUUUGUGUUAUAUAAUAUAGAUGAAUCAUAUUAUAACUAAUUGUAUUCAAAAUAUUUGGACAUAAUCGGGUAAUAUGGUUAUUUUUUAUACAAAUAUCCAAACUAAUUUCAGAUACAUUUGUUAUUUAUAUAUUUUUAGGUUUUUAUACAUCAUAACCAAAUUCAUCCAGAUCCAGAAGGACCCAACUCAAAAUUUACACAUAAAUUUAUAAUAUUCAAACAUGACCUAAUCUUUUUUUUUAAAUGAUACCUGAAAAUAAAAACCUGUACCUAAUUGUUCACGUCUAACUGAUUUUAUAAAUUAAUAAAAAAACUAUUUUUACGUGUUUUGGUUAAAUUAAGUGAAAUAUGAAGAGUUUUUUAUUUAGUAAAAUAAUUAUAUGAAGUAAAAAUUAAGUGACAAUAAAUGUAAUAAAUGUAAUAUAUUUUAAUUAUUUUGAUUUAAGUUAUUAUUUUAUUUACAAAACAUGUCUUUGAAUUAUGUUUUCAGCUGCGUAAUGCUCCACCAAUUGAAACUAAAACUAAAAAAAUGUUUUAGUAAAACAAACUAAAUGAUUAACAAGCAGAUUAAAGAUGAUCAGAGUUCUAAAGAAGGUUCUGUUAUAAAAUAAAACAAUUCUGAAGCAAAAAAACUGACCAGAGGUAGCGAAUGUGAUAAACCAAUUCCUCUGUGUUGCUUCCACUUGUGGUCCUAAAAAGAUGUUUAUAUCUAAUGAUUUGUUUAAUCCUUACACUGAUCACUACAACAUACAGGCCCAUUAAUAAUUAACCAAAAAUGGGCCCAUACAUAAAUCCACUAACAAUAGAAUCCUCCAGCUCCGCGAGUCUUCUUCAGAACUCUUCCCCUUUCCUCUUUCCACCCUCCACCUUCCCGCCAAUCCAAGUGUCACCUCAGGUGAAUCCGAAGAGUCCGACUCGCCGGAGAAAUAUGGAACCUCACCGUCCCCUCGCAGGAAGACCACAGAGAAAACCCCUCGGAGAUUGCACCAACACCAUCUCCAGAACUCCCCAACUUCCAUCUUCUCCUUCCUCCGUCAAAUUCGCGAACCCGAGCCUCUCGUCUUCUCUCAAGCGAUUAGUUGAUCAAACCUCCCUCAAGGAGAAAGCCCAAGUUGUCAAUAUAUCCUCAAAGGCUGUUCCCGGAACGGGAAACGCUCCCAAGUCCGUUAGGCCCGUGACUCGCCGUACGUCCGCCGAUCUGGGAUCUCCGGCGGCCACUACGUCUUCUCCUCCCUCGAAACCGGAUGAUGUCGGUAAACCAGACGCUGGUGCCGCGUCACGGUUGAGACCGGUAACUCGCCGUAUGUCCGCGGAUCUAGGUUUUCCGGCAUCCGCGCCGCCUCGGCCUCGCUCCGGUGUUGGUGACAAGGAUUUUACUGAGCCUUACUCGGUUUACACUGUUAGAAGGAAGGCUUCUGGGAGAAAAAGGAGUAAAGACGUGUCUUCCUCUAGUGCAAUGCCUCGCCUUCGUCUUGACUUGUUAUCAAGCCCUGGGAAGAGGAAACUUCCAGAAGAUGAAAAUAAAACGAAGCCCUCAAAAGUUGCUCCCAAAAAGAGGCAGCGAACAGUAAAGAAGCAUAAAGAAGAUAAUGUGGAUCAGGAAUAUAUUGAGCAGCAGAAAGCCUACUUUGCAGAAGUUGAUGCUUUUGAGCUGCAAGAAGAAGAGGUAUCUAGUAGCGACUUAGAUUAAGUAAGGAUAUCAACGACACACCAUAACCCGUUUUGUUCGUAUCAGUGUAUAGCUAAGGCUUCUUCUCCCAUGGAAUAUUUCACUGACCCCUAGGACACAUGACAUGCCAACGUUUGUGUAUACAAAAGAUCUAUCAGUUUAUAAUAUUUGACAUGGUUUUACUGGGAGACGAACUAUAUAGAUCUUUAUACUGAUAUAUACAUCAUACAAUUACAA